CAAAACUGGCUUUCCUUCGUCAACUCGCACGAAGCACUCUUCAGAACAAGACUUCUUUCGUCAGAACUUUUUCCUCCACUACGCCCAAAAUGGUCCACCUUAUCUCUGCCGCUGAGGAGUUCGACUCCACCAUCGCUGGUCCCCAGUUGACCGUUGUCGACUUCUACGCCACCUGGUGCGGUCCUUGCAAGGCCAUUGCCCCCAAGGUCACCCAGUUCUCCAACACCUACGCCGACGCCAAGUUCGUCAAGAUCGACGUCGAUGAGCUCUCCGAGGUCGCUGCCAAGUACAACAUCCGCGCCAUGCCCACCUUCUUGUUGUUCAAGAACGGUGAGAAGGUUGGAGAGGUUGUCGGUGCUUCCGCUCCUAACCUCGAGAAGGCCAUCAAGGAGAACCUUUAAAGUGGAU